AUGUCGAGUAUUGGAUUUUCUAUGAGCAGGUUUUACUUAUCUGCGACGACACUUUUACCCUGGGUUAAACCCCUGGGAGGCCCUAUGAUUGGUGAACUUCCCAAGCAAUUGCCUGAAAGUUUAAGAAAAUGGAUAGAUCAGAGAACUAAAAAGAACGAAGAAGGAUCAAUUGUUGAGGAAGAUUUUUUUUCCAAUAACGGUAGACUUUUAGCGGUUCCCAAGAAGAAGGUUACACAUCAAAAAAAGAGACAAAGAUUGUAUGCACCAGGUAAAAAACAGUUAAAAUUUAUCCACGAAUUGAAUAAAUGUCCUUCUUGUGGUCAUUACAAGAGAGCCAAUUGUCUGUGUAUGCAUUGUGUCCAACAUGUUCGUCACAUUUGGAAGACUCAGACGGUGAAGGAGAGACAAGAACCUUCACAAGAACAGGAACUAUCAGAUUUGGAUAAGAGAAUUUUGUAUCCUGGUAAGAAGGAAACUGAGUACAACAAGAAACUCAAGGAUAAAGACAGUUAUUUGGAAAGACGCAUGAGAACACUUCCCGUGGAGGAAAAAGACAAGUAA